AUGUCUUCUGAUCCUCACCGCGGCGGACGUCUCGAGGACAUGGCCCCCGAGGGCACUCGCAUUCCCAAUGAUGCAGGCAUCAUGAACACCAUCCCCUCCGUCCCGCGCCCCGACCAACGCUCCGAAGACCCCCAGUUUGAUAACUACGGUGUCGCUCACCCGACCUCCGCUUUUGCCGCCGACAACUCCACCGACAUGCCUCGCAGCACAAGAGACAUGGCUCCCUCAGGCGAAGUCAUCACCGGAACCGGUAACAGUUUCCCGGCUGAGGGCGAGUCCAAGAGGACCUUGAUCGGCACCAACCACCCUGGUGCCAAGGGAGAGUCCAGAAACUUGAAGCAUUCCAAUUUGAACCGCAGUGCUUAUGAGCGGUUCUCCGCGGAGGAUGAAGAUGCUAUUGGCGAGCAUCAGAUCAGGAACGAGUAA